UUCAUUUUUUAUCACCUAAAUAUUGUGUAUGUAAUUAGAAAAUUUUUUAAUGUAAUAAAACCGUGCAUCUUACAAGAAGCUAAAAUAUGCCAAUAGCCAAUUUCUAAUGAAUGUUUAAAAUUAUAGGUUAGAAUAAUUGAAUACCGGACAUGUCGGAGAAUGCUUUUCAAAGCAGACAUUUUAUGAAGUGGUCAAAAAAUACUAAGUGUAUCAAAAUAUUUCUAGAUUUUGAAAGUUUACUAUUUGCGCAAGCCUCAAGCAUUGUUUUUGCACGAUUCGUGAGUGUCAUUUUACUGCAGCCUAAAUCAGAUAUUUUUAGGGGAUGUUGGGCAGUUUUUUGGUAUUUCAUAUGCAUAUACUAUUGUUUUCACUUGGUGUUGUGUCCACUUUAGAUAUUCGAGAUGUUGUAUUUGUUAUUAUUAGUCAGAAUAAUAAAUAUAAUCUGGUAUUGGCCGAAAAUUUGAAGACUUCAAUACUGAAUGAAUCCAAAACUUUAUAUAAUAAACAUCCAGUGAUUCAUAUAUCUUGCAAAGAUUUUCCAGGCGAUGGCGGCUGGACUAUAUUACCUCUCAUUACACCGCUGUCCAAUUUACACCAACAUAAUGCAUCGUGGGUAUUCUUCAUACAAGACUACACAAAUAUAAGAUUAAAUGUACUUUUAUCAGUGUUUGAAAAAUACAACCAUACACAGGAAAUUUGGUUUGGGAACGCUCUCACUGACAAGGUGGCUACCAUAAUUCAUCAUUUCGCUUUUUACAAGGAUCCGUCAUUUUUCAGAUACCCAAAUUUUGCUUCGGGAUUUUCUAUCAGCAUGACCCUUAUGAUCAAGUUGUCGGAUCAGUGGAAAAAUGGUAAAGUAGGAAAUUCCAAUUUUCACAUUGACAGUAGCCACGAGCUCUCGAAAUUCGUUUGGAGUGAUGGUGAUGGACCGAUGAUAAUACAUGAAAAAGCCUUAUGUAGUAGCCCACUCGAAGAAAACUCCUCAUACCAGUGCCUUUCGAUACCAAAUGCCGUUCCAACUUGUGAUAAUUUAGUGCCACGUCAAAAUAUAUACUUUGCCGUAAAAACAUGUAAAAAAUUCCACCGAGAUAGAGUUCCUAUUGUUAAAAAUACUUGGGGCAAGUAUGCUACCGUUAUAAAGUUCUUCAGUGAUACAGAAGAUAAGUUAAUUCCUACCGUGAAUCUACGUAUUCCAAAUACUGAAACCGGUCAUUGUGCUAAAACUAUGGCAAUAAUACGAUAUAUUAUACAAGACAUCGAAAACAAUAAUGACAUUGAAUGGAUAAUUAUUGUUGAUGAUGACACUAUUCUGGGUGUUGCAAAUCUUCAACAUAUUCUGGCCUGCUAUGAUCCAUCUGAAAAAAUAGGAUUGGGGGAAAGAUACGGCUAUCAACUUCAUUUUGGAGGAUACACUUACAUCACAGGUGGAGGAGGAAUGGCUUUCAGUAAACCACUUCUAGAAAAAUUAGCACGAAACUGUAAAUGUUCAACUUUAAAUGAGCCCGACGACAUGAUUUUGGGACUUUGUAUGGCUAGAAUGGGAAUAGAAGUGACACAUUCUCCUGCAUUUCAUCAGGCAAGACCACCAGAUUACAAUCCAAAAUUCUUGGAAUCAUAUGAAGUAGUCUCAUUCCACAAACAUUAUAUGCUAGAUCCAGUAGAAGUAUACAUACGGUGGUUUGAAGCUAAAGAUAGAAUGGUAGAACAUAUUGGAAACGAAACUGUCAUCCAUAACGAGCUUUAAUAUAUAUAUAUAUAUAUAUAUAUAUAUAUAUAUAUAUAUAUAUAUAUAUAUAUAUAUAUAUAUAUAUAUAUAUAUAUAUAUAUAUAUAUAUAUAUAUAUAUGCCACGUUCCCAAUAAAAAACUACUUUGAUAUUGAAACUGACAAUUUGUAUAUUUAUUUUAAUCAAUAAAUCACCUGAAUAUCAAAAUAAGAAUAAAUAGGAAUUUGCACACCUUUUUUCGGCUGGUUUUUAGUUCUUUGUUUGAAACUCCAUCUAUUCCUGGAGCUUUUUUUUGCUGAUACGAACCUAAGUAAUUCUUCUUCCAUCGGUGUUCCAAAUUCUAGGGUUUCUUGAACCUCCUCGUCAAGGUAUUCGUUUAUGUUUAUGUUCUCUAACAUGUUUUUUUCGUUCAGGGUAAACUGAGUUCUAUUGUGCAUUUGAGCUCUUCUGUCUUGUUUUCCGUGUACGCCAUUCCAUUGCUUCCGUGUAUUGGCGGCAUAGGUUUCCUUUAUUCUCUUAAGACUUUCGAUAUAUUUCAUAUGCCGGGUCUAAUUCGUUUAUCCUUCUGUUAUAUUACUCGCUCUUAUGCUCAUGAAUUUCCUGUCUUAUUUUCCAAACUCUAUUUUUUUCUUCUAGGUUUCAUGUUCUAUGAGCUCUUUUACCAAUUCGAUUUUUUCCCUUAUCAAUUUUUUCUGAUCGUCACUUAUAUUAUUGAAUUUAUCGUAUUUGUCUGCUACGGUCGUUGUGGUACUCUGUUCUAUCGCUUCUGAUAUUGCUACUUCGAAGAAACAGACCUACUCCUCCGGCGUUUCUUCACUGUUUAUUCCCGUAAAAGGUCCUAAUAGCUGUCCUGUUAGUCUUCUGAAUUUUAGCCAGUCGGUAUAAUAGAAUUCUAAAAUUUGUUUCAUCACAGCAGGCGAUUUGUUCACAUUGUUUCUUUCAAACUAAUUUUUGGAAAUCCUAUUAAUUUAUUUUUUUUUCCCUUAUUUUCUAGAACGUUGAAGAUUUUAUUUUGAGUAUAUAAACGAGUUUGUUUAGAGGAGUGAGUAUCGUUUAUAAUAAAUAGUUAUAGUUAAUAGAAAAGUAACCUCAUGACUCUCUCUGUAUAAAUGUUUAGAAUCAAGUUGGUACAUAGUUUAAUGUAUGGUCAAAUCUUAGUGAAUAAUUCAGAGAACAGUGAAUAGUUUAGUACAUUAGUGUUAGUAUAUAGAUAAAUUAACUAAGUAAGUAAGAAAUACCGUGUGCAUACAUUAACAUCGACGUUUAGAAACUGUUAAAAAAAUAAGACAAACAUUACAUUGGUAUUAAGUGGUGAGGUAAUAAAAAUAAAUAGUUUCAUGCAAAUGAAAAGAGACUAUGUGACCUGAAUGCGACUGAGAAACACAUACAAUGAACAUACAAGGUUUCCAACUAGACUUUAGAAACAGAGAUAUUCCUUUAUAUAUCUGAGAGUAAAACGAUGUUGGCAGCUGUACAGUAAGAUAUUGUUUUACCUGCACGAAGUGAAACCAUGAUAAGAGAGCGGAUACUGGAGAUCAUGAAAGUUGAUGGAGCCAUGGAACCACGACGAAGAGGAAAAAAUUACGUUAAUAAACUCCACUCGGCUUGCAAUUUAGAUGUUUUAUAGGGUAUAGAGAAGUUUUGUAUAUUGAAUGUAUGUUAUAUUUUAGGAAAUUAUUUCAUUAUAUUACUGAUGUACAUCGACAA